AUGAAUAGCGCUGAACCCUGGGUGCGGCCAGGCAUGUACUUGGCAGUGGACCGACAUCAUGGACCGCCUUCCGAACGAGAUCCUCGACACGAUUGUCCGAUUAGCCUGCAUCGACGGAGGAAAAACCGCACGAGCGUUUGGCUGGCAUCCCAACGCAUUUCGGACAUUAGCAAACAGCACCGAUUCCAGUCGGUCGCCGUAGCGGGACCACAACAAACGGAAGCGCUCUUGGACGAGCUGUUGACGCUGGACGAAGCGAGCCGGAAGGUACUUCACCUGUUCAUCGCCGUCAACAAUUUCUCUCGUGCGCUCGCCACCCCAAAGCCAGGAACCACUCUACGGGGCAUGCUGGAUCUCCAGGAGCGGCACUGGGCGAAGCUCUUCCGUCUCGUUGCUCCCACCUUGCGCACGCUGAGUGUCAUGUCAUAUAAUCCCAUUCCGGGCCUAUUCCUUCAUCCUCUCGGAAAGGAAGAAACAGUCUUCAUGUUUCCGCAGCUCACGCACCUCACCUAUCAACACGCGGGCUAUCGUGGUCUCUGUUCACUCGGACAUAGCUCCGAAGUGGCCAUGACCUCGCUCGAUUGCGUCCGCAUGCCCCGGUUGCAAGUCCUCCAUUCGUCAAGCCGAGCAGCAUGCUCGUAUAUCUGUCUGCUCGUGAGCAACGUCGCUCGUCACUCGCCAGAACUAGAACAAGUCCUCCUUUCGGAUUUUUACAUGCAGCCCUGGGAGCAGGACUCCAUCCGGCGCCUUUUGGGUCUACUCGAGGAUAUAGCAAACAUCGAGCCUCCAGGUAACUCGCACAAUAUCAGCCUUAUGAUCGAACCCCUCGCAGAAAAUGUGCGUCUGCGAGUGCGGCCGGAGAUAGGUUUGCCUCGGGAUAAUUUGGACGUUAUCUUGGACAUUUUCAGCAGCAGCGAACGGGAUUGCGCAAUUCUUGAUGAUAGGAGCAAGGAAACGGACUACGAUGAUUUCAUGGAGGAACGGAUAUCGAGGUAUUGA